AUGGAUCUGUCUGCUAUGGGAUUCCCUGGGGCCUUGCCCGACUGGAGUAACCUCAACAUCCUGCACCGCAACACCCUCCCAGCCAGAGCCCACUUCUACACCUACCCCAACCAAGACUCAGCCCUCUCCUUCAACCGCGACCAAAGCUACUUCCACAGUCUCAACGGAACAUGGAAAUUCCACUAUGACAUCAGUCCCCUCGACGCCCCAAUCUGGGAAACCACCAACACCAGCUCAUGGGCCGACAUUCAAGUCCCAGGCAUGUGGCAGCUGCAAGGCUACGGCCAUCCUCACUACACCAACAUCGACUAUCCCUUCUCCGUCACUCCUCCCAAUGUUUCGUAUGUUAAUCCUACUGGUUCUUACUGGCGACAGUUUGAUGUACCUGAUGAGUGGGAUGGUGACCAGAUUAGACUGCGGUUUGAGGGCGUUGAUAGUGCGUUUCAUGUUUGGGUUAAUGGUGAAGAGGUUGGCUAUGGCCAGGGGAGUCGUAAUCCGAAUGAGUUUGACAUCACGGAUUAUCUUACUCCGGGCCAGGCGAAUGAUCUUGCUGUGAGGGUUUAUCAGUGGUCUGAUGGUUCUUAUAUCGAGGAUCAGGAUCAGUGGUGGCUGUCUGGUAUCUUUCGCGACGUUUAUCUCAUUCCCUUCUCUGAAUCGUCUAUUAUUGACUUUCAGGUUGACUCUGAGCUCAGCGACUCUUUUGACGAGGGGUCGUUCAAGGUCAAUGUGACCAUUCAAGGAAAAGAGGGCGACCUUGCUAUCAGCUUGUUUUCGCCAAAUGGUUCCACUAUUGAUGAAUGGAAAGGGUCGUCUUCUGAUAUUUAUGAGCAGAAAAUCUCUGGAGACAAAUUCCAUAUCUGGUCCGCUGAGACACCAAACCUGUACACCUUGCUCAUCACCUUCAACGGACGAACCGUCAGUCAGAAAGUUGGUCUGCGUCGCGUUGAGAUUAAGGGAUCCAACUUUUACGUCAACGGAAAGCCUAUCAUCAUAUACGGAGUCAAUAGACACGAGCACCAUCAUCUUACCGGGCGUACAAUCAGCUACGAGAACAUGCGAAAAGAUCUCUUACUUAUGAAGAAAUCCAACAUCAACGCAAUUCGCACAGCUCAUCAGCCUCCCCAUCCUGACUUCUUCGACGUUGCCGAUGAGCUCGGCUUCUACGUCAUCGCAGAAUCUGACUUGGAGUGUCAUGGCUUCGGCGGCAUUGAAGAGACAGAGGAAGAAGCUGCUGAGUGGCUCUCCAAUAAUCCUGACUGGGAAGAAGCCUAUGUCGAUCGUGCUCGUCAGCUGGUGGAGCGAUUCAAGAACCAUGCAUCAGUUAUCAUCUGGUCUCUUGGUAAUGAGUGCUUUUAUGGUCGGAACCACGCUGCCAUGAGCAAAUGGAUCAGAGAGAGAGAUCCAAGUCGGAUUAUCCACUACGAACAGGAUCGUAAUGCUACCUCGACAGAUAUGUACAGUCAGAUGUACAGUACGCCUGACGAUGUGAGGGAGUUUAUCAAGUCACAUACUGACAAGCCCAUCUUGCUCUGUGAAUAUGCUCAUGCCAUGGGUAACGGACCUGGGGGUCUUCUAGAGUACAUCGAUCUCUUCAGAACCGAGCCACUCUCUCAAGGAGGCCUUGUCUGGGAGUGGAGCAAUCACGGACUACUCAAGAAGGAAGAGAACGUCACUUACUACGCCUACGGAGGUGACUUUGGCGACGAGCCCAACGACGGUGACUUCAUCAUGGACGGCCUUGUGCUGUCUGACCAUUCGCCCAUGCCUUCCUUGAAGGAAUACGCCAAGGUUAUCCAGCCAAUCUCGGUGAAGCUGGCAAACAAUGGAAGUUCCAUGAUGGUCGUCAAUCACUAUGACUUCUCUGACUUGAGCCAUCUUGAUGUUUCGUGGUAUGUUGUCGCGGAUGGUCUCAAGACUGAGCCUCGUUCGCUUGACCUGCCACGAGUGCCUGCUGGAGAGAAUAGGACUGUGGCACUACCUUCGGGUUUGAACGUGACGCAGAAAGAGGCUUGGGUCACGGUUGAGUUCAAGCUGAAGGAAGACACUCUCUGGGCUCCGGAGGGCCACGUUGUUGCUUGGGACCAACUGCACAUCCAACGUCCCAGCAUCAAGACGCGAGACAUGUCGCUAGUCCGUCGUGAAGCCAAUUCGGGGUUCCAUAAGAACGGAACCAAGCUCCUCUAUAAGAGUGCAGAUUCUUUUUUUAGUUUUGAUUUGCUUCAGGGAAAUGUCACUUGGGACAUCAACGGCGUCAACAUCUUCCAACGAGGCCCUGAACUCUCCUUCUACCGCGCUCUCACCCAGAAUGACGCUGCAUCUUCAGGUGAUGGACCAAUCUGGGAACAAGAAAAGAUCCCAAUGAUCUACCCCCAAGUACGCGACGUCACCUGGAGCAUCGGAGAUGAUGGGGCAGUCGUGCACUAUAAAGUCUGGGUUGGAGUCAAGACUCGUGCUUGGGGCGUCGAAGCAGAUAUCAUCUACAAGAUCCCAACUAGCGGACCUCAGCUCCAACUCGGAGCUCGCGGUGAAUUCGUGGGCAAGAAUGAAUCGCAUGUCGUUCCACGCAUUGGUCUCAUGGCUGUUCUACCCGAGUCAUUCGACGAUGUGUCAUGGUUUGGUCGAGGACCUGGGGAGAGCUACAAGGACUCCAAGCAAAGUUCCCGCAUUGGGCAGUACAGCUCCACUGUGCCGGACCUCUUCACUUAUUACGAUUAUCCUCAAGAGAAUGGAAAUCGGGAAGAUUUGCGGUGGCUGAAGAUUGGAAAUAAGGAUGUCACGCUCGAUGCGAGAAGAGCAGAGAGUGAGCCGUUCAGUUUCACGGCUCGAAGGUACAUGCCCUUCGACUUGGAUGACGCACAGCAUCCGCACGACUUGAAGCCGUUAAAUAUGACGGUUCUGCAUCUUGAUUACGAUAACAAUGGCCUGGGGUCAGCUACGGUCAGGGUGAGACCGUUUGAGAAGUACAGAUGCUACACCAAGCCAUUCAACUUUACCUUCAACUUCAACAUAGUCUAG